AUGGGCAAUGUAAUUAUUCAAACACCUCCGAAUAUUCUAUUUCGUUCGAUGACAACACUCUUUCCUCUAUCAUCAACAACAACAGCAGCAAAACCAGCACAAUGUUAUAAUUAUACAACACGGUUAGCAACAGCAAAUGCAACCGAUGAUUGUGAUUCAACUGUUUCCAGUAGUGUUAGUACCAAUGUUCCCACAUUUGUUCGUUUUGUAAGUCCAGGUGGAUGCGCUUUUAGAUAUUGUGCGCAAUAG